UCGUGCGUGGCCCACCAUCUUGUUUCGGGCCACCGGGAGGGGAAGGUCGCCUGAGCAACGCGAAUCUUGGGCUGCUCCUGGCGAUCGCCGGCGGCCGCCUCCCAGGCCUGGACUGUGCAUGGGUGGCCUCGUGGGCCCCGGUCGGCGGUAGCUUGGGCUCCCCAGGCCUGGGAGGCAGUCCGGCCCCCAAUACCUCUCUGGCUUGGCUUUCUGGAGUCAGCUCCUGCUGCUCUUUUGUACAUUGGAUAGCGACGGGACCCUCCUGUCCCCCGAUCUCUUCAGUCUUGGGAAAGGCUGAUGGGCAUGCCGAACUUUCCAGCCUCGGGCUCCUGCGGCCCUUAAGUUCUUGCCCAGGACUGCUAGCGGUUUUCCUGUGCUAGUACCCCGAUUCUUCCCAAAGGGACUGCCCUCCUCUGUCAAAGAAAUCUUGCUCUCUUCGGGUUAUUGUCUAGAGUCUAGAUUCUAGAUUUAAAAAAAAAAAAAACCCAGAUGGGAGAGACGUGGACUUAGAUGAACGAUUUUCCUUCAGUGAGCUGUGCAGGAUUUUUCGUUUUUAAGCAAUGGGGAAAGCAUUUCAUUCGGAGGAGGAAAACCUGCUGCAAACAUGGGAGUUCCUUUCAAUGCUCCUCAAGUUUGAAUUCUUUUAGGAAGAAGUCUUAAUGUGAAGUGAACCAGUUUCUUCCAAAUGUGGGAGACCUUUAUCCAAGGACCUCUCUUUGUUUGGGAGGAUUAGCAAAUUUUUUUUAAGUCUAUGAGCUAAAUUUUUUCGUUUUGUUGUUUGAAGGUUGGAUUAUGAGUUUCAGUGUCUUUUAGCGCCUCUAAAACUAUAUUUGAUACAUAAAUCCAGUUUUAAACUACAAAAGUUCCCUAGGUUUGUGAGGUGCCUUAAAGAGUUACAGUAUAAUUCAAGCCAUCUUAAAAUGAGAACUAAAAGGAAGAAACUCUAUCUGUGAAGGAUCUAAUCUGUGCCUUUGCUUUAAUAAUUGUGAUAACAUUUGAAUGCUCGCAUGAUGCCGCCACUUCACAGGGUUGUAAGGUAUUAGAGAACUGUUUUGAAGGUGAAGAAAUAGCUUCAAGAGGUUAUGUGGUCAGUGAAUAGAGCCAGUUGUGGUGGUUUUUAAAAUUACAGUGUGUGUGUGUGUGUGUGUGUGUGUGUGUGUGUGUGUGUGUGCAUGUGUGUGCGGGCACGCGUGUGUAUAGUUUGAAGGUCAGAUGACAGCGUGGUAGUAGUAAUUUCUUACCUUCUACUGUAUAGAUCCCGCAGGUGGAUCUCUGGUCAUCAGUUUGACGAGCAGCCCCCCUUACUUGCUGGGCCAGUCUCACAGAACUCUUGCUGUUUUGGUUUAUUUGUUUUUGUCUUUGAGAAGGUCCCAUAUAGCCCAGGCCUUAUAUUUGAUAUGUAACUGAGACCAUCUGUGAACUUCUGAUCCUGCUGGCUCAGCCUCCAAAAUACAGGGAUUCCAGCUAAGAGCCCUCAUGCCUGUCACCUUAAAACCAGUUCUUUUUAAAAUUUAUUUAAUCUAUUUUUACACUCCAGAUUUUAUACCCUUCCCGGUCCACCCUCUGACUGUUCCACAUACCAUUCCUCCUCUCCCCAUCUCCACAAGGAUGUCCUCAUCCCCCCAUGCCCACCCCACUAUACCUCCCCACUCCCUGGGGCCUCCAGUCUCUUGAGGGUUAGGUGCAUCUUAAAACCAGUUCUUAAGACAAUGACUUCUGGCUUUUACCUAAGGUUCAAUUCGUUAAAUAAUGCCUCAUUUUUAAUAGGCAUCUCAAAGUGCCAGAGAAAGAAAAGCAAGGAGGCUCACCUAAUAUUUUUAAGAAGUGUUACUCAUUUCCUGUCUCUACAAUUUUUAAAAAUCAUGUUUCUUUUGUUAAGAUUUAUGUUAUUAUAUAUCUAGCAUCCUGACUGCAUAUAUACCUGAAGGCCAGAAGAGGGCCUCAGAUCUCAUUACAGAUGGUUGUGAGCCACCAUGUGGCUGCUGGGAAUUGAACGCAGAACUCUGGAAGAGCAGUCAGUGCUCUUAUCCUCUGAACCAUCUCUCCAGCCCCUUGUCUCAACAUUUUUAAAAGACUUUUUUUGGUACAUUUUAGUAUUUGAAUAAUACUACUCUAAGAAUGUUGAAAAACUGCAGAAGAGUAUUGGAAAGAGUUCUGAUAAUGAAUUCCCAACUUCAGCUUUUCCUAUUCAGUCCCAUGGCUCCAGUUUGCUAAAAUUUCCAAUAUAGGCUGGCCUUUUCAGACCGAUGUUUCACCACUUAGCAUUACCUUUUUAUUAUGGGGAGAGAUAUAGAAUUCUAUGCCUUCCUUUUCUUCCACUUAUUUAUUUUAUUUUUCUAGGAGAACAUUUAGAACCAUGCAGAAUUUUUUUUUGAAGUACUAGGGGUCAGUUUGUAUAUACUAGUUAUAGCUGAAUAAUUUUUUUCUUUCUACUUUCAGGGAGGACUUUGUCUUUCUGGAGCUAGGAAGGUGACAUAAUGGCUGCCACCAAAGCUGACAACCUGAGUUCAAUCCCAGGGGCCCAUAUGGUAGAAGGAGAGAACCAAAUCCUUUAGGUUGUCUUCUGACUUUCACACAUGCUAACAAUUUAGACAUGAUACUCUUUUUAUAUCUAGAAAAAUGAAAAGCAUCAAGGUAUGAUGGUGCAGAUCUUUGAUCCUAGCAGUUGGGAGGCAGAAGCAGGAAGAUCAUUGCAAGUUUAAGGCCAGCCUGGUGCAUACACAAAUGUGCCAGAACAUUCAUGUAAUGGUUAAAGGACAGCUUACAUAGUUGGUUCUCUCCUUCCAUUUUGUGAGCUCCAAGAAUUGAACUCAGAUAAUCAGGUUUGGCGGCAGGUGUCUUUACUUACUGAGCCAUCUGCCUAGCCUAACUAAUGCAUUUUAGGAGCUGAGACGCCUCCUUUUUCCUCCCAAUCCUAAGUAUUGGGCUCUUGUGCAUGCUGAACAAAUUCUCUUAUUGAGCUACAAACUAGCUCUUGAUUUUCCAAGCCAGGGUUUCACUGAUAACCCUGAACCUUCCUAUGUAGCAUAGCCAAGCCUGUAAUUCAUGAUUCUCCUGCCCCACCCUCUCAGGUUCUGGGAUUACACAUAAAUGCCACCACAUCUAGCUAUAACCAAGAUUAUUUGGGGGAGGAGGUAGAAAUUGUAGACUAUAUGGUGUGUGUAUGAGAACUGAAGAUAUAAUUUAAACUGAAAUUCUUUUUAAUGAAGCUAUUCAAAUUUUUUUCUUUUCUUUUUUUUUCGGAGCCGGGGACCGAACCCAGGGCCUUGCGCUUGCUAGGCAAGCGCUCUGCCACUGAGAUAAAUCUUUUUUUAAAAAUAUUUAUUUAUUUUUUAUUUUUAAUGUAAGCGCACUGUAGCUAUCUUCAGACACACCAGAAGAGGGCAUCAGAUCUCAUUACAGAUGGUUGUGAGCUACCAUGUGGUUGCCGGGAUUUGAACUCAGGACCUCUGGAAGAGCAGUCAGUGCUCUUAACCACUGAGCCAUCUCUCCAGCCCUCAAAUUUUUGAUUAUCUUAAUGUAACACCUGUUUUUAAAGGUCCAAAUUAGGGCUGGAAUAAGUUGCUUAUGGAAAAGCACUAGCUUAGCCCAUAUAAAGCCUUAAAUUUGAUCACCAACACCACAAAAAUAAAAUCUUAAAUGCCUAUAAACAGUCUCCAUUUGCGGUUGGGAAUACAGCUAUAAGCAGCCAUGCCUGGAUGUUGUUUUGUGGUUUUUCUUUUUUUUUUAAGGUUUAUUUGUUUUAUGUAUAUGAGUGCCCUAUCUACAUGUACGCCUGCAUACCAGAAGAGAGCAUCAGAUCCCUUUAUAGAUGGUUGUAAACCACCCACCACAUGAUUGGUGGUAAUUAAACUCAGUACAUUUGGAAGAACAGCCAGUGCUCUUAACCAUUAACCGAUGAACCAUCUCCCCAGCCCCUAGUGCUACAUAUUUUAUUUUAAUUUUUUUUUGGUUCUUUUUUUCGGAGCUGGGGACUGAACCCAGGGCCUUGCGCUUCCUAGGCAAGCGCUCUACCACUGAGCUAAAUCCCCAGCCCCUUAUUUUAAUUUUUAUUAUGCAUUGUAUUUGUGUGUACAGGUGCACCUGUGAAUGUAUAUAUGUGGAUGCAUGUGAAAGUCACAGGCCAACCUCAGGUGUCAUCCUCAGAAAUUCCAUCUACCUCCUUGAAACAAGGUCACCAACUAGGACAGACUGGUUGGACAACAAGCUCCAGGAGUCCUCCUGACUCUGCCUCCUCAGCUCUGGAAUUACAAGUGCAUGUUUUUAUGCUGUUGGUUCUGGUGAUAAGACUCAGGUCCCAUACUUGAAGGGCAAGGACUGUACAGAAAAGAACUAUCUCCCCAGUCCACUAUCACUUUUAUUUAAUUAACACACACACACACACACACACACACACACACACACACCAAUCACUCCCAAGAUAUCCACACAACACCAGGUGAAAAAACAACCCUGACCCUAGUAGAUGCAAAAUCACAACAUGAAAAUAUAAGAAAUAUGAAAGCCAACAUAGGUUAAUAUGAUAAGGCUUCAACUUUUGAGUUCAAAGAUAUCAAAAUGAUUUUGUGUGUGUGUGUGAGUGUGUGUGUGUGUGUGUAUACACAUGUGUAUGGGUAUGUGCAUACUUGCACACAUCAGAGGACAACUUGCAGAAGUUGGUUCUUUCUUUCUUUCUUUUUUUUUUUUUUUUGGUUCUUUUUUUUCGGAGCUGGGGACCGAACCCAGGGCCUUGCGCUUCCUAGGCAAGCGCUCUACCACUGAGCUAAAUCCCCAACCCCAGUUGGUUCUUUCUUAAAGUGAUGUUUUCAGACUUGGCAACAAGUGCCUGUAUUAGUAAGAAGCCCUACCAGCCUGAUAUUUAUAAGAUGGAAAACAAAGGCCUAGCCUGUUAACUUUUCAGGAGUCAUAUGUUGAUUCUUCAAUUUGAUGGAUAAAGACAACUCUGUUCAAGAAAAAAGUCCUGGUACUGAAAUUCAGGUGGACAGACUUGGUGAUAAUUCAAAAAUGGCUGAACUUAUCAUGGAAUGUGAAGAAGAAGAGUUGGAACCAUGGCAGCAGAAAGUAGAAGAAAGUCAAAAUAAAGAUGAUGAUGAUGAUGAUGAUGAGUUGAUCUUUGUUGGAGAGAUAUCAAGUUCCAAACCAGCCAUUUCAAAUAUUUUGAACAGAUGUAGCCCUGGUUCAUCUUCAAAGGGACUAAAGAAUGGCUCAUUCAGUCCAGCUCUUUCUAAUAUAUUCAAGCCUACAAAUCAGCACUACAGAAAUCCACCAUCUCAUCCACUGAUUGCUUUGCCAAGCUUUUAUCCUGCACCCAAAUCUUCAGAGAGUUCUGAUGUCCAGACUGUGUCUAAACCUACCUUUUUAAAGACUUCACCACAAGAUGAUUCAGGUGCUUCUUCUGCCUCACUGUUAGACUCAACCAAGGAUAUACCGUCCUCCAACGUACUGCAAAAGAGUACAGGUGUCAAUCAAACUUUACGAUUAAAACAUCCUUCCUCAUCCAAAGUAAACAGUGUUAAUCCAAAGAAGCCAAAGACUAAUGCAAGCAUUUCUGAAACAGGCCGUGGCUCAGCAUCAUCUUUAAACAUGUCUCCUUCCGAGGCUUCUUCCCAGGUUGUACUAUCAAAUAUGAAUACCUCAUCAAUUCAGUCUGCAGCCGGAAAACCUUCACUACGAUCUUGUCCAAAGUGCAAUGUUAAGUUCAGUCUUUUGGAUCCUUUGAAGUGCCACAUGAAGCGUUGCUGCCCAGACAUGAUAAAUAAGUUUCUGGAAACUCUCAAAUCAGAAAAUUCAAAGGCUGUAAGCAGAGCUAUCAUUGGCUCAGAUAAAGAAAAAUUGAUCAUGCUAGUUAGUGACUUUUAUUAUGGAAGACAUGAAGGAACUAUUGAGGAAGACCAGAAGGCUCCCACAACUUUUAAAUGCUUCAGUUGCACAAAAGUUCUUAAAAAUAAUAUUAGGUUCAUGAACCACAUGAAACACCACUUGGAAUUUGAAAAACAGAACAAUGAGACCUGGGAAAGCCAUACUACAUGCCAACACUGUUAUCGGCAGUAUCCCAACCCUUUCCAGCUACAAUGCCACAUUGAGAGUACACAUACUCCUCACGAUUUUUCUACUAUUUGCAAAAUCUGUGAAUUGUCAUUUGAAACAGAGCAUCUGCUUUUACAACAUAUGAAGGACACUCAUAAACCUGGUGAAAUGCCAUACAUUUGCCAGGUUUGCCAGUUUAGGUCAUCGAUAUUUUCUGAUGUAGAAACUCACUUUAGAUCAUCUCACGAAAACACUAAGAACUUGCUAUGUCCAUUCUGCCUCAAAGUUAGUAGAAUGGCAACCCCUUAUAUGAAUCACUACAUGAGACAUCAGAAAAAAGGAAUUUAUCGUUGCCCAAAAUGCAGACUACAAUUUUUGACCUCCAAGGAGAAAAUAGAUCAUAAGUUAGAACAUCGUACAUUUAUAAAGCCUAAAGAACUAGAAGGAUUGCCUCCUGGAACAAAAGUUACUAUUCGAGCUUCCUUAGGAUCUAUUCAAUCACGAUCGUCAAGCCCGCCUUCUAGUACUAUCCCAAGCACUUCUCUUCAGCUCUCAGUCCCAAAGUCUAAAACAACUACUACUAAGAAUACAACUACUAAGAAUAACUCAAAAGUGUCCGCAAAUAAAGUUACCACAACUAGCCCUCAAACAAUGUCAACCACGACUGGUAAGACCAAUGCAAGUAAGCCAGGUACAGGUACAACUAAAUCCAAAGCCAAGCCGUCCAACAAGCAAAAGAGACAGCGCACCAGGAAAAACAAAUUCAGCAUAGAUUUGAGGAACUUACGGUGUCACCAGGGAACUCACACGUGUAUUGAGUGCCAUUCCAAAAUAAAAGAUUUUUCAAGCCACUUUUCUACAUAUAUAAAUUGUGAUUUUUGCAAGUAUACCACUAACUGUAACAAAGCCUUUACAAAUCAUAUGAGCUCUCACAAUGACCACCCAAGUAAGCAGCUUUGUAUUUUUAAGAAGCAUUCACGAGCUCUCAGGGGCAUCACUCUGGUGUGCCUUAAAUGUGACUUCCUAGCCGAUACUUCUGGCUUAGACCGUAUGGCUAAACACUUAAAUCAACGUAAAACUCAUACUUGCCAAGUUGUAAUAGAGAAUGUUACUGAAAGAACCGGAACUUCUGAAUCCACUUCUGAUGGCCUGCUCAAAUAGAUUCCUGCUCUGUGAAGCUCGUGCAACCUGGUGCAAGACAAGUUGGAAUUUCCUAAGUUCAAAGUUCUGCAGUAUUUGCUUUCCCAAAUACAGUUUUCUAAGUUCAAAGUUCUGAGGUGUUUUCUGUGAAGGCCGUGAAAAUUCACAACACAAGCUCUCGUUAUCCAGCGCUUUCCAGCUUUUGGAUGGCAGUAGAUCUUACUCUCUUAUCCUUGUGUCAGGUUAAGAUAUCUUAACAUGCUUUUCUUCUCCACUCGGCUCUGGAGAAGGAACUUUAGUGCUGUAGUCUAUUCUUGCUUUGUUUCAGAUAAUUCGUAUUUUUCUCUGCUGUACUCGCCUUCAGAAUAUUACAUGUCAAAUGGUAUAGCUUGUCUGGUUUCUUUUCUUCUGUUUUGUUUGCUUCUUAAUUUUUUUAUAAGUCUUGGUAGUCAAAUAGCUUUUUUCCCCUUCAUUCUUUGUCAUUGGUCUGUUUUUCAGAUGCAAAGGCAACACAGACAACAUUUCGAAAAAAAUGUCCAGUGUACUCCUGGACAGUGUCCCCCUUCAAUGGACACAACUGAAUGCCUGGUCUCUCUUUCCAAGGAAUGUGAUUUGACUGUGAGACCUGCUUCAAUGUAUGCCUUAGGAUUUUAUCAGUUCUUAGGCAGAGUCCCUUCCUACCUGACUGGCCUCCCAUAAGGCUGAUAGUGAUAUUGUCCAUUGAUGCCUGCAAGGUGCACCAAAUAGAUUUGAGCACAACUUCCCUCUGAGGGCUUUGCUUCAUAAGAGUAAGCUUAUGAGCUUUUUCUAAUCCUGAAAACCCAUCAAAUGAGUGAAGGUUUUAUUUAUAUUCUUGGAAAAACAAACUUUGUGAAGUUUAUGGCUCCAAAGUAACAGUUAUUUGUGUAUCAUUUAAAGUUUUAGCCAUUACUCCACCAGUUCUCAACAAUUCUAGUGUUUACUAAUUUUUGAAAAAUUAAAUUUUAAUAGCCUACUUUUUAUCAUUCACCAAAUUUAUUAUCUACAUUUGUAAUUUCUGAUUAAUUCUUUUCUUUUGUGUUUGCUUAAAAUGGCAGGAAAAUUUUAAAACUCACUACGUAUUUCAUGCAGCUACCUAUUGUUAGUUUCUUUUUUCUUUUUUUUUUCUUUCUUUCUUUUUUUUUUUUUUUUUUUUGAGGCAUGGUCUCUAUUAUAUAGGCCCGGCUAUCCUGAUACUCACCAGGUAGAUCAGGCUGACCUUGAACUCAUAGAUUUCUGCCUGCCUCUUCCUCCCAAAUGCUGGAUUUAAAGGCAGGAGUGGUAUCUGUUCAGUUCAUUAAACAUUAAUAUAUUUCUCUCUAUCUUGGGACUAUCAUAACAUCUUAGUGGUCAGGAAUUCAAGACAAAGAACAAAGACUCCGCUUACAGAUCUUAAAAGAAGUUUUAAGUUACAUCGCUAUUAACUUAGAAAUUAUCUUCUUAGCCAUUAAUGUAAUUCCUUAGAUAAAUAUAAUAUAUUCAAAACUAUUGGGACCAAAAAUGCACUUGUUUCUUGCCCACAAAUAUAUAGAGAGAUGUAUAUUUUUUUAUUUUGCUGUUUGUUUAUUUUGGUUACAUCGAAUAUAGAUUUUUCUGAAGUUUCGAUAUUUCUUAUUUUUUUAAUAAAAUUUGUAUUGUUAAACACUCUUGGGAAUUAUUUUAUAAUAAAUAAAAUUAUAUAAAAACUUGUA